UACACAGUGCUUCCCCUCCCUUUUUCUGCUCUCUCUACUCUUUUAUCCAACCACUGUGAAAGAAAUAGAUAGAGUGGUUAGUUUGCUUCCCCUAUUUUGAGGAAAAAACCAAUCUCUCAUCAUUUUCAGAAUACAAAGCUACUAAAUCAACCAACAGGACAGUGUUCCAAGAUUUUCUACUACUGCUCAAACAAAGAAACUCAAAGGAAGACCAAAGAACAGAAACUAACCGAAAGAAAACAUAGAGAAAAGAGUCCUUUCACUCACUCUCCCAUCAAUCGCUUCAUCAUUCAAUUUCAACCCCAUUAUCAAACUCUUCCUUCUUUUGCAUCAUCAGUACACCUUCCUUUCUCUAGUCUCUUUCUUGUAAUUUACAAAUAUGGUAAUCUUCUGAUAUUUCAAUCAAAAACCUCACAUCUUUCCCCCUUUUAUAUCAUGCCAUAUGUUCUUUUUCUCGGAACAGUCUCAUUUGGGAAAUCUCCCUUCUCUUAUUAAACCCUAAAAAAUCAAGGGUUGCCCCAAAAAAAAAAGUAAAGGGAGGGUAGAAGAAGGUGAACAGUCAAAAAAUCAAGAAGUGAAAUAUUGAUCAAAAGAAUCAGUAGAUCCCAUUGAGAGAAGAAAUUUGAGCUGAAAAUAUUCAUGGAUUCUAAUAAUAACAGCAGCAGCCACCUGAACAAUAGCAACAACAGUAAUAUUACUAUUACGUCAUCUUCUUCAACAUCGUCAUCGACCUCAAGCCGAUACGAGAACCAAAAGCGUCGAGACUGGAACACUUUCGGCCAGUACCUUAAAAACCACAGGCCUCCACUUGCCCUCUCCCGCUGCAGCGGCGCUCACGUGCUCGAAUUCCUUCGUUACCUUGAUCAAUUUGGUAAGACCAAAAUUCACACCCCGAUUUGUCCGUUUUACGGUCACCCGAAUCCUCCAGCACCAUGUCCCUGUCCACUUAGGCAAGCUUGGGGCAGUCUUGAUGCUCUUAUUGGACGUCUUAGAGCUGCUUAUGAAGAAAAUGGAGGAAAACCUGAAACAAACCCUUUUGGUGCUCGUGCUGUGAGACUUUACCUUCGUGAAGUUCGUGAUUUGCAGUCAAAAGCUAGAGGAGUUAGCUACGAGAAGAAGAAAAGGAAACGCCCUCCACCGCUGCAACAGUUACCUAUUCCGCCACCGCCAUCAUCAGGUGAUCAAACUUAACGUAAAACAUUGCUAUCUCUCGAAUUACUAGCUAAUAUGCAACUUUAAAUUUAGUUAUGGAUUUAGUUGUUUGAGGGUCUUCUAUUCUAAUAAGUACUACUAUUUCGUUAUGAUCUUUAAUUAUCACCUAUUGUUAUGUCACUAAGAAGGGUUUGUUAAUGAAUCAUAAAUUGUAGUACCAAUUUCUUUGUGUAGUUCUGCCUGUCAUUAUGGAUUUAAAGCAUAGAUUUGCAAAUGUACGAUUUUGGCACUAUUAGUAGGAGUAGUUGUUGGAACUGGUAGAGGGAGCAUAAAUCUUGUAGUCGGAGUAAAUGUACUAUGGCAGCAACAUGACUAGAGGAUCAAUACUUCGGAAUAAAUUUAAUCAUGAUAUUAUGGAAUAUUUAGCUAUCGUCAUUACUUAGAUUUCUUCUAAUAUUGUACCGUGUUAAUUGCAUCAUAUACGUCAGAUCCCUACUGAGCAUUUCCCAUAUAUAAUCAGCUAGCAUAUAGGGUUGAUCUCCAAGUUGAUAAACUUAGUUACGAGUAAAUAUUUUCUUUUUCUUUACUCAUUCAUUGUUCAAAUUAAGACCUAAUACAGAUUCUUGCUGGAUGGGUGUACUAGGAGGUAAAACGUAACUCUUUGAUAUGGGAGAUUGAGCAUUUUCUCGUGGAUCUGCUUUUUUCUUGUUUUAAUUUGCUUUUUAGCUUUCCAACUUUUGCAACUUUACUGAGAUUGAAAUGUUGGUUUUAUACACGACGUAUUCUGUUUACAGAUACUUCUUCCGGUGAGGGUUCUCAUAUACACUGAGCUCAUGCAAAUUGAAUUAAGCCUUUUUUAAAAGUGUUUUUACUGGUGAAUUAUAUAUUACUUUGAUAGCCUUUUAAAACGUUUUUAUUGAUGAACUUAUAUAUAUAUAUGUAUGUAUCUAUUAAAUUGAUUUCUAGUGCUGUCACUUCACUGAGAGGUGUUUGAUGUAAUUGGCAGACAAUGUGAUUCCUUGAUGCCCUUCAAAGAAACUGCAAGUUGCAUUGUCAUUGGCUAGUUAGUUUA